CGCACUGUCACUUUGCAUUCGAGUUUGCUGCCGGACGUUUGCAUAUUUGCUCCGAGUAGUGAUUUUGCUUCUUGUGUGUGGAUAGUUGUGGAUUUCGUUAGUUUUUUUGGACAGUGAAACUCGUUUGAAAUUGUCGUUUCGAAAGUUUGCGGAGAUGAACCGGAAAGUUUUUUUGAGCGGUUUGGCGUUGCUCUUGGUCGGGAUCGUGUCAAUCAGUGGACGACCUCAGGACGAUUCCAAGGUGUCUGGCGGGUUGUCAACCUCAACUGUUACGGUGCCUGCGGACGGAGUCGGCUCAUCAACGGUGUCACCCCAGGAAGAGAGCAAGAUAUCCAAGUUCUUCGAUGAUGUAUCGAGCGUGUUUAAAACGGGAACGGCCAAAGUGAAGGAAAGUUUCGAAAAUGCCGCGACAUCAGUCAAGGAUGGAGUUAUGCGGGGGUAUGAUUACGUAAAGGACAAAUUGACAGGAAAUGGAGAACCAGCUACGGUUGUGGAAAUUACUACAACCAAACCGGAAGCUGUUGUUCCUGAAGAUGCGAAGUCGGUAUCGGUGCGAUCGACGGGACCACUACAGGCUGCGCCGGUAACGACAACCUCUUCUGUUUCCACGACAACUGGAUCAACGAGAACCGGAACUGCACGAGCUGUCAAGGUCGAACCAAACGAUGAAGAUAGCUCUGAUGACGAGAGCGAUCGAGUCGUUUUCGUUGACAAUGAAGAUACCGAUACGGAUUCUCCGGCCAUCCCAACGACUACGGUUCCCGGAUCAACCACCAAGAAGUUCGGGCUAGACGAUAGGUUUAUCAUCGAUGGGCCAAUGGCGUGCAAAAGUGGCCAGACGGCGGUCAAUGGAAAGUGCCGUAACACCAUCUAGAAUGGCGAAGGCGUGCUGAUUAGCUACAGGCGAUCACUGAUCCCGGAAAGUGCAUCUUCCAUCAACAGACAUCGCCCAGUCCUCCUCAACAUAUCUCAGCAGCACGAUCCAGACAGUGUGUCGGCCGAUAGCUCUUUUAUCUGUUUGAAGAAUGUGAUUUAAGCUAAUUUAAUUCUAUUAUCACCGAGUAGAGUUCGCGUAUAAGUGAAUGUGUAUUUUGUGCAACGGAGUCGUGAAUAAAUUGAAUCAAUUUUGUACUAAACCUUGGGCUAACCAGGUCCAACAAAAGGGAAA